AUGGCUCGCUCACCAGUGUUUAGAAAUCCCGAAACGUUUCAGCCGGAAAGAUUUCUUAUGGACGAUGGAGUCACUCCUAAAAAGGAAACGGUAGAACAGCUCUGUCCCUUCUCUAUUGGCAAACGACAAUGCGCAGGUGAAGCCCUAGCCAGAGUGGAACUAUUUAUAGGACUGGUGACCCUGCUUCAACACUACAAGAUAGAACCUGCAAAAGGACAUGAGAUCGAUCUUGAGCCGAUUUUCGCUGCAGUUUUGCUACCAAAGCCACAACCUCUACGACUUAUACCACUUUCAUCUCACCACUAA